AUAAACCAAAGCCGGUUGUUAAAUCAGCGUGUCCUCAUCUUGGGGCUGGAAGACCAUCAGAAGAGAGUGUUGAGAAGCGGUGUGCUGUCUAGAACUCAGCAGAGCGGCCUUCUCACCUCCUGGAUUGUUGCCGUUGAGAGAGCCGUCGGGAGAGCUGCCGUCGAAGACCAUGUUGGUGGUGGUGCUGCUGGUGGAGGGCUCGUUCAGGUCCGGAGAGGCCAGAGGAGGUGGGUGGGCCUCCCGGCCCUCUAUCGUCACCAGCUGGAUGCUGUAGGACUCGCGGUAGCCCGACGUGCUCGAGUAGUGCCAACCUCCCAAACGCCGCCAGCGUCAGCAGCGACAUCAGACGGUAGCGUCACUCUAUCAGUAACAGAGCCAGUGCGCACGCGCAGGAGCUAUUCCAUGCGCCCCGGAGACCUGGAACGUCUUCCAACAAUGAACCUAUCACCCGCGCCAGUGAAUCUUCUGCACCCAGCCUCGGACGUGUCUUACGACGAAGACACCUCGAGCACGUCGGGCUACCGCGAGUCCUACAGCAUCCAGCUGGUGACGAUAGAGGGCCGGGAGGCCCACCCACCUCCUCUGGCCUCUCCGGACCUGAACGAGCCCUCCACCAGCAGCACCACCACCAACAUGGUCUUCGACGGCAGCUCUCCCGACGGCUCUCUCAACGGCAACAAUCCAGGAGGUGAGAAGGCCGCUCUGCUGAGUUCUAGACAGCACACCGCUUCUCAACACUCUCUUCUGAUGGUCUUCCAGCCCCAAGAUGAGGACACGCUGAUU